GAAAGGCCGCGGCCAGACGGCAGCUCCAUGCCUCGGACUCGGCUCUGCCACAAAGUUAAGUCACACUGGGCAAGUCAGUUUCUCUCAUUUCCUUCCUGCUCUGUAAACCAGGGCAACAAAGGUGCUGUAUUUGCAAAGUUGUUGUGCGUGUGUCUGGAAGCUCCACUCCCUGGAGCUGCAAUUUGGUGAUUGUUGUGGAUUCCAUAAAGGCCCCCAGUCUUGUGUCCCUUGAGAAACGCAGGGAAGGAGGCACCCCCACAGUGAACGCCUCUUCUUUGCCAGAGACGCCUGAGAAUUCACACCAGGGACACUUCACGUCAGGGACUGGCCAGGGCAGAGACUCUGACCUGGGGGAGGGACGAGGGUUGCCACGAGGAGGUAGGAAGGAGCCCUGCACAGGCAGCUUGACACAGGGGCCCUAUUCCUGCCUCCAGCUCUGACUCAUCUUCUGGCGCUUGGGGGAGGAGAGGUAGUUGCUUGGUAUUUUUGGCUUUCCCCCUUAAAACUGGAGAGUUUCCUUCAUUCCAAGUCGUUUUCAAGUCAGUGUUGAACGUGUCUGUCCUGAGUUCUCAUCGGAAAGCUUUCAUAUCGGUUGACUGCAGAUCUGAUUUGUAUCCACUGUCACCAGCGCUGCUCACUUAGGACUUUCUGGAUCCAGAGCAGGCUCCAGCAUCCACUGGACUCUUGAGCAAGAAGGAGACUAUAAUUUUGUAUUCCUUGGUGGAAGAAAAUCAGACACUCUGGUGGUCUUGCCUCCAACGAUGCAAGUGUGAUUGCUGGUGUCUUCAUGAGCUCCAGAGGUCACAGCACGCUACCAAGGACUCUCAUGGCCCCUCGGAUGAUUUCCGAGGGAGACAUAGGAGGCAUUGCUCAAAUCACCUCCUCUCUCUUCCUGGGCAGAGGCAGUGUGGCCUCCAAUCGGCACCUCCUCCAGGCUCGUGGCAUCACCUGCAUUGUGAAUGCUACCAUCGAGAUCCCUAACUUCAACUGGCCCCAGUUUGAGUAUGUGAAAGUGCCUCUGGCUGACAUGCCACACGCGCCCAUUGGACUGUACUUUGACACCGUGGCUGAUAAGAUCCACAGUGUGAGCCGGAAGCACGGAGCCACCUUGGUGCACUGUGCCGCAGGGGUCAGCCGCUCAGCCACGCUCUGUAUUGCGUACCUGAUGAAAUUCCACAAUGUGUGCCUGCUGGAAGCAUACAACUGGGUGAAGGCCCGGCGGCCUGUCAUCAGGCCCAACGUUGGCUUCUGGAGGCAACUGAUAGACUACGAGCGCCAGCUCUUUGGGAAGUCGACAGUUAAAAUGGUACAGACACCUUAUGGCAUAGUUCCCGACGUCUAUGAGAAGGAGUCCCGACACCUGAUGCCUUACUGGGGGAUUUAGUGCCACUGGAGCCUGCAUCAGCAGCCCAAGCAGGACCGGCAUCUGCUCCCUGCCGGCUGCUCCCUCUCCACACUCUACUCAAAUGGCUGACUUCUAGUUCUCCCUCAAGUGUUUUUUACACUGGGUGUUCAAAUUUAUUUUAAGAGAUAGGGAGGGGACAUAAAGGGAAUGCAUAUAUUGCUAGUCACAUUUUUUAAAUUAACAUUUUGGAAUAGUGUUUAUGAAAAUCUUUCGCUUUUAAUCAUUUUUAACAAUUGGAACAGUUUAAUAAACUGUUUGGUUCUGCUCUCUUCUGAAUCUCAUGCCUUUGGCACUUUGGGAGGUACAGGAGGAGCUCAGUGCAAAAAUCACUUUGGGGCCUCAUUAACCCUUUAGAGACAAACUUUGCCCCAGGCUGCUGACCAGACAGAUGCUUAGGGAAGACUGAUACCAGCUUCAGUCUCUACUGGAUUAGCCCUACUCUUUCCUUUCUCCUCUAUUAUUUAGUGACUCUGUAAGUUAAAAUAAAUACACCUUUAUUAUUUAGCUGUUAAGGAACUAUAAUGAAGUCUGCUGCAAAAAACUCUCUUGGAUCCAUGUACCCAGGAUUAUAUUAGCAUUAUUUUUAAUAAAUCUAUAUGCUUAACAUA